AUGAAUCAGACUACCAAAUACAUGGAGAAAACUGACAAGUACAUGGAGAGCACUAGUCAAAGGUUGGGGAAGGUUGAAAACGACGUGCAAAGCUUGAAUGUGCAUAUGAAGAGCAUUGAUACUCAAAUUAGUCAAAUUUCUCAAGCUGUAGGUGUCCAACAUCAGCCAGAGCAAUUUCCAGCACAGACCAUAAACAAUCCCAAAGACUGCAAGGCCAUACACUUGAGAGGUGGUAAAAGCUAUGAAGGACCUUCCAUGCCUGUAGAGGAAAAGAAGAGCACUCCAGAGGAAGAUGUCAAAGCAGAAAAGAAUUCCAAGGGAAAGAAUAAGGUGGACAUUCAGACCAAGAAAGACACAAUGCCAGAAAAGCUGCCCCCUCCCUCCAUUCCUACGACAGUUAGAGUGCCCUUCCCAUUUGCCGUGAAGAAGAAGAAGUUGGAUGAGCAAUUCUCCAAAUUUCUCGAUAUUUUUAGGAAGGUGCACAUUAAUAUACCAUUGGUGGAAGCUCUGCAAGAGAUGCCUACAUAUGCAAAGUUCCUAAAAGAUGUGCUCUCCAAGAAGAAGAAGUGGAUUGAUUAUGAGAUGGUGAACAUAUCUGAAAACUGUAGUGCGAUAAUUCAAAAGAAGCUACCUGCCAAGCUUAAAGAUCCUGGGAGUUUCAAUAUCUCAUGCGUCAUUGGAAAUGACAGACAGACAAAGGCACUGUGUGAUCUGGGGGCGAGCAUAAAUUUGAUGCCAUUAUCAUUUUUCAGAAAGAUGAAGAUCGACACUCUCAAACCGACUACAAUCACACCGCAGAUUGCAGCUAGAUUAGUCACCUAUCCUAAAGGAAUUGUUGAGGAUGUUCUGGUGAAGGUACACGAUUUCAUAUUUCCCGUCGAUUUUGUAGUGUUGGAUAUGGAGGAAGACAUGAAUGUGCCGCUUAUCCUAGGGCGCCCAUUCCUAGCAAUGGGAAAAACAUUGAUAGAUAUAGCAAAUGGAGAGCUCACUCUUCGUAUGGGCAACAAACGACACAUUUUGUCUAUCUAUAAUGCUAUGAAGAGUCAUGAAGAUGAGGAACUUGUUAUGAAGAUGGAGUGCAAAGUUGUGCAUGUUGUGAAGGUCCAAAAGAAACAAGCAAUUGAGUCAACAUUAGGGGAUUUUUCAUUACCGCGAUGGAUGUUCGGUUCAUGUGGUGGAUCAAUUUCUAAAGCAGAGACUGCAUCAAAUCCUAAAGUGAAGGAGAAGAAAAUAAAAGCUGCAAAUUCACCCAAAGUGGAAACCAAAAUUUGUGAUGGAGCUUUGAAAACUACUUGGUGGAAGAAGAGAUUGGCUAGAUCAUAUGCUUCCAAGAUUGAUAGAAAAUCCAACACCACCAUUCAUGGCGUGACAUGA